AUCCAUUAUCUGCAAGAGUCAAUGUCUUAACUCUGGUGAUUCUGUUGGCUUGUUUAUUAGUGCUUUGGGCAUAACUGUUGCUUUAUUAGUCGAUGAGGGCGGAUGCACUUGGGGGCCGGUCCCCUAAACCCUGGAAAACAUGCUGAUGGAUUUUCUAGUUGAGUUGCAUUCACUGUACUCUGUGCUGUUUUUGGCGGCGGAUAGGCCAGCCCAAUUCCGCCUCGUGUGGUGGUUAUGGGGCUGAGUGACAACAGCCGAUGCAGGAAUGGUUGAUCGCUGGCUGGGAGGACAGAUCCGCUGUAGUUCCUUGCUUUUGAUUGCUCCAAACUUGAGCCACCGCUGCUUCUUGGCUUCUGAGCUAAAUUCAGCCCUGUCAGAUCUUGUGUGCUCUGACGAUGAGGCGCCUGUAUACUCCAGGUUUCUUGCGUUUAAAACCCAGAGAGCUUCUUUCGACCAUGAAAUUCUCUAUCUCGAAGCACGUUUCUAUGUACUGGUAGUUAGUGGCCGCAAUUUGCCAUGCAGAAAAGAGUAUCUCAUAACAAAUCGCGCAGAGGGUGCUUGAAUUGCAAAAGGAGACACGUAAAGUGCGAUGAACAAGGCCCGUCCUGUGCAAACUGCGUUGUGCGGAAGACUGACUGUGUCUAUCAGUCGCCUGAGACUAAGCCAAGAGUCACCAGAAAGAAGUCGACGCUGCCGGCGCUAGCAAGGAGCUCUAAAGGCGAUUCGACGAGCAAUUCCCGGAAAAAGUUAGUUGAUGAAGCUUCUGGCUUACAGUCAGGAUUCUUUUCAAGGAGGUCCUCAGAGUCCCCCUUGACGCUCCUCCCUUCUGCCUCUCCUGUGGCUUUUUCCAGUACAAGUGAAUCAAAUAGAUUGUUGGAAAUGGAGCUUUUGCAUAGAUGGACGACGAGGACUUGGAUGGGAUUAUACAGCAUCCCCGCAGAUGAACCAUAUAUGCAAAUAUUACUCCCCCGCGCAGCUUUGAAAGAUGACUACGUCAUGAAUAGUCUUCUCGCGGCAGCUGCAGUUGACCUGGCUCUAUCCUCAAACGAAUCCGAGUCUGCUACCUACCUCUGCACAGCCUUAGAGUACAGCAACAAAGCCAGCGCCGGGUUCCGCUCCCAGCUCGAAAAUAUCAACGAGGACAAUCUCCAUUUGCUCUACCACCUCGCAGCGCUUUCAGCACUCAUGCAAUUCGUCCUUCCUAGCAGGCAACAGACCAUGCUAGAACGUGUAGACGUCAUCUUCAGCCUGAUGCUUGGCGCCUGUAACAUCGCGGCAUUUAACUUUAAGUGGCUAACAGACGCCCCCUGCUCAUCCCGCGACAUACUCCACUACAAGCCAUUAUCUAUGGAAAUCUUGGACCAAGACACCCUUGCUGCCUUGCAGAAGCUGUCCAUCGUCAGUCGCCAGAUUCGCGUUCCUGCCUCAAGUCACACGGCCAUUUUUUCAGGAGAGGAAACCCCGUUGGCCAGCGAGGAAUAUAUGAUUACCAUUGCACAGCUAAAAUACUGCUUCGCAGAAGACUCCUGCGGUCGCAUUAAGAGUUACUUUUUGUCAAUGAUCCCCAUCGGCGGCCGAGAUUACAUUGCAGCAAUCAAGAACCGGGAGCCAAUGGCGUUAUUCAUGCUUAUGUAUCUUGGUGUUCUCCUAGAUAGAGCUGGUCGAGACUACAUGUCAUGGUGGGUGGGUCCGGCGGGGAGAGAGCUUGUGGAAGAAGUUUCGGGGAUUUUGGAGCAUUCUCCAAUAUCCCAGAUUCCAGAAGGGUGUGAGGCGAUGUCAUGGACUCGACAGCAGGUUGGCUUGCCGCCUUUACCAAUGAACCAAGCUGUUGAGAAGGCGGCCGCCCGUUCACUUUCAGAAUUAUCUCUUGCAUUCCCCGUUGCCGUGUGA